AUGGCGGGGUGCGUCACCUGCGUGAUGGCACUUUCAACUCACUUGCUUCUCAGUGAGUUGCUUCACCUGCGUGGUGGGGCGUGCCACCUGCGUGGUGGCACUUUCACCGUACCUGCGUGGUGCGUUGCCUCACCUGCGUGGUGGGGCGUGUCACCUGCGUGGUGGCACUUUCAACGCACCUGCGUGGUGUGUUGCCUCACCUGCGUGGUGGGGCGUGUCACCCGCGUGGUGGCACUUUCAACGCACCUGCGUGGUGUGUUGCCUCACCUGCGUGGUGGGGCGUGUCACCUGCGUGGUGGCACUUUCAACGCACCUGCGUGGUGCGUUGCCUCACCUGCGUGGUGGGGCGUGUCACCUGCGUGGUGGCACUUUCAACGCACCUGCGUGGUGCGUUGCCUUACCUGCGUGGUGAGGCGCGUCACCUCUGUGGUGGCACUAUAUCAACUCGUGGACAUGGCGAGUCGCAUGACUAGCGAGUCGGAGGAGGAGGACACCGAGGAGGAAGUGAAAUUAGAAGAGAAGGCAGACGACCAAGGGGUUGAAGGGCCUGCGCCAGCAGCAGGAGAGAUUGCCCCGGAGGCGUCCCGUGACAAGAACAAGGAGAAAGACAAGAAGGCGAAGUCCAGUGACAAGAAGGAGGCCGAAAAGAAGUCCAAGGAGAAGAAGGCGGAACGGUCCCCUUCCCACAGGAAGUCCAAGAAGGCUUCCCGCUCUCGUUCGCACAAGAAGUCCAAGGAGAAGAAGGCAACCCGCUCCCGUUCUCACAGGGAUCGUGGCAGACGUCGAUCCCGACGACGGGAGUCAGGACGCGACCGCGCGACGGUUCGCAGAGGCAAGCAAGAGGAAGAUCAGGCAAUUGGUCACGAGGCAGUGGAUCGGACCAAACCGCCUCCCGAGCCUGACCAACCUCCCAAAAUGCCUGGAACUUCCGCUCGCCCAGCCUCGAAAGGGAAAGGCAAGGAGGGGAAACCCAAACGGUGGGUUUGUAGAGAUUGUGGGGGUAGAACAGCCCCAUAUGAAUCCGCUAUGGAGCAACAUCGUUGGAGCAACGAACAGUGUCUCACGUGGCAGCGCUGGAAUCAGCUCUCAAAAGUUCAGCAGACGAAGGCCGCGUGGGAUGCCUGCUGCCAGGAUGCUCAACGUCUGCGACUCACGCGUCGCACAGACGCGCCCGAAGUUGCUCCAGCAAAUCGCAGCGCUUCCCCACAGACAGUUGCCUCCUCCAAGAGCCGUGGUCAGAAGCCGGCUACUGCGGCGUCACCGGUUGUUGCUGCGAGCAACGCUGAGAAGAAGAAGGUGAAGAAGCACCGCGAGCGAUCUGAGGAGUCUAGCUCAGGUGCCACGCCUGUGCGGCGCAGACGCCAUCGUCGGAGGGAAUCCUCUUCGUCGCAUGGGCACCGUGAGCGCCGUGACGGCCGAUCCGUGGUCGAGAUCCUUUGGGUCCGUCUGAUGCGCCGUGAUUGCAAUUUCACCGUGGAGGUGAACAAGGUGGAGUCUCUGCGCAGCUUCUUGGAAGAAGUGGCGCAGCAGUAUGUGCCUGGACGCUGGUGUCCUAAAAUCCCUGAAGAUUGGACAGACGUGUGGGUAAGCACCCGGCAUUGCCUCGAUAUGGCACAGGCCAGGGCCUAUGAGCUCAAACUGUGCCAAGAAGAGGAAUCGCUGGCGAAGCUGAAGCGGUUGCUCCUGGUUGCGACUGCGCAAGAUGUCCGCACCGUGUGUGUGGAUGAGGGCGGCAGCAUGCACGUUCGCUGUGCGACUGAGAUAUAUGAACCACAGGAGUGGAGCAACUUCGAAGCACGGGUGGGCUCGUAUCAUGCGGACGAGUUGCAUGCUGCCGCGAUAGAUUUGGGGCGCUUGCAGUCUCUUCUCAACACGGACAAGUGGUUGGAAGAAGUGCAAUGGAUCAAGUUGGCCGUGACGCAUCUGCAGUUUAUGUAUUUUGAGUUCCGGCGCUCGCCCUGA